ACACUGCCUUCUCCUUGUGAUGAUCCUGCUCCGACACCGUGGGCGACUGAUAUAGAUGCUUUCUGUCAGCAGCUGAAUGUGAGUCCCAUGGUGUUGUAGAUCUUUGAGUGCUGGCUGUCGCUCCGCAUCAAAUCGCCGUUGCAACUACUGCCACAUGGGUCAGCGGGUAUGGAGGCGCAGCGAAAAUUCCUUCCGUCCACCGAUUUGCUCUCGAAAAUCUCGUGGAGUCUCCAGGGCCGCUACGAACUCACAUCCGAAAACUUUGUGA